CCAAAAUUCUUGGAAAAGGUAAGCAUCAACAGAGACCGCCAAUAUGUCUGAAUUUCAAAAAGUUGUCGUUAUAGACGCCAAGGGACAUCUUCUUGGUCGUUUGGCCUCCGUCGUCGCUAAGCAGCUUUUGGGCGGACAAAAGGUUGUGGUUGUUCGCUGCGAGGAAUUGAACAUUUCUGGCAGCUUCUUCCGUAACAAGCUCAAGUACCUUGCCUACUUGCGCAAAACUUGCCGUUACAACCCUACUCGUGGUGCUUUCCACUUCCGUGCUCCUUCUCGCAUCUUCCAAAAGGCUGUUCGUGGUAUGCUUCCCCACAAGAGCCCCCGUGGUCAAGCUGCUUUGGAACACUUGCAAGCUGUUGAAGGUGUUCCCCCUCCUUUCGACAAGCAAAAGCGUGUUGUUGUCCCUGCAGCCCUCCGUGUCUUGCGCCUUAAGCCUGGCCGUAAGUACUGCACUGUUGGCCGUCUCUCCUCUGAAGUCGGUUGGAAGUACGCCGAUGUUGUUUCCAAGUUGGAAGAACGCAGAAAGGUCAAGAGCGCUGCUUUCUACCAAGCCAAGCACUCCAAGCAAAAGAAGGUUGCUGCUGCCAAGUCUGCUUCCAGCAUUAAUCAAAAACUUUCCGAGUACGGCUAUUAAACUGGUCUUUUGAAGUUUAGAUAUGAAAAGUCCUUUCCUACUAAUUAUUCCCUUUUGUCUACAUUUGGUGUCCAUCAAAUCGUAAUGCUGUAGUCGAAAGUAAUAUGUAUUGUAGAAGAAUAGUAAUUUUAUAGUUUUUUUUCUAAUUUAAACCCACUAUCCCGAUGGUCUUUC